AUGAAAAAUAGUGAUAAAAAGAGUAAAAAGCUAACUAUAGACUAUCUUCUAUCUACAAGAAUAGCCUACAAGAUUACCGCAACUGUUUCUAAAACAAUUUUUAAUUAGCUGAUCAAAAUAGAUCUUUCUGAAGCAAAAUCAGACAUUUUGAACCUUAAAUUAGAGUUCUUAAGAAAUAAAUUCAUUACGGAAAUAGCUAUAUUAUUUUUUAACUAAAGACCUGAGAAGAUAAUAGAUGGUAUAAAGAAUAUGUACGAGUAAACCUUGGUAAUUAUAGAUAGUGCGAUAUUUGUUUUAAAAAGUUGUCUUUUGAGUAAAAAUAUUACAACAUAAGCUACAACUAUUAAAAUGAGUAGAAUAUUAAAAGAUAAUGAAAUUAUCAAAUAAAAGAGUUAAGUAUCAUCUUUUCCAAAUAAGAUCAUAAAAUUCUUAGCAUAUUAGCAAUUAUUAUCUUUCAUACUGAGAAUGUUAAACAUCUACGAAGUGAUUUAAAGUUGA